CGAUAGAACCACGGGUGCCGCAACGACGGCUCUGUAAAUCUGGUGCAAAGUCUAUUUGUCCCGCCCUGGAGAUCGACAUGAGCUUUGGCAGCCGACCGAGAAUCACAAUCAUUCAUCAGGGGGUGAGCGCAUAAUAUCCAACAAUUAAGCAAAUAGGUAAUCCAGCCUCGAUGCUUUUCAGAGUUGGAUAUUCUCAUGAUGAGUGGGAUGAUACACUAAGAACAAUCGCUACCAAAGGUCUUACCAUGGGAAGAUCCUCAUGCCAUCAAAUCAGCACCUCGGUUGCUCCAGCUCACCGUUUUAUAACCAGGAAGUCCUAUGCAGCCUGCCAAAUUUGGCAUCAUCAGAGCCCACGAGCACUCCCCCGUGUUACAGGGCUUGGCAUUUCAUCUUAUUGCCAGCACAAUCUCAGGUUGGGUCUCUUAACUGGGUAUGCCGAGCGCUUUAUCCACCGCAGCGUUCCUUGGACAUAAGUCCAUCACAGAGUCUAAGAGUCAAUUCCCUACCUCUCAAGCCACUGGUUGGCAAGCUUAAUUUCCAACUACCACCCUAGGCGCUCGCAAUAUUUACUGAAAGCGGUUCAUAUAUCAUUCUCGCGCUGCUUGGAUUACGAAAUGAUGCAGAUAUUGAACCACUCAACAACGGAUACUGGCUGACUGUCAGCCUUCCCGCCUACCCGAGUAUACGAGCCGGAUCAUGAGCUCGUCGCUCCGAAGGUGUGGCAUUUUUGUACCUGAAAGGCUGAAUUGCCAACUGCCCAUGUUUGCCAUACACAAUUCUGACGACGGCUGUGCAAGCUGGGCCAACAGCUUCGGAUUGUCUAUAGUCUACCAGCAUUGCUCGGCGAUCUGGCAUUGAAAAUAUUCUAUCGUUCCCGUCAGAUCAUUAUCACCAAUCCAGCUUCACGAUAAUUUAUAAUGCAUUCGCGAGGUUGAAUGUUCGCUCAUCUUCUAGCGUCUUACCCCAAGCUGCAGGUGGUAUAGAUCCAUUAGUCCAGACGAAGCCGCUAGACGACGCCGCACUUGGGUCAACAGUGGGAUCAUAGGAGUCAGUCCGACGGACUGAGCUUCAGGGGUCAAUAAAUGCCGUUAUUUACUUCCUGACUCGACUACUCGUACUGUCACAGGCGUGAUUCCGGGUACAAGCAGAGGUCAAUGCGAUUCAUUUACUGUGACAGUAUUCGCGCAGCUAUGGCCACGACAGACAAUAAUCAUCUCGAUAGGCAUAAUGCACUUGUUCCACCUCCUGCUCAAUUAUUGCUGAGAAAUUGAUUACUACCUUGAGCACUUUUAUGGAGCUAGAAGCACUCAACUAUAUUGGCUGAUUUGAAGUAGCCUGUUGCUUAUUUUUAUGCUUUCCGGCGGGGUCUUCAGAAACCCGGCGAUUCCUCUGUUCGUUCACGGCACUCUGCCUACAUACCCGUGCCCUGCCGGUACAUGCAUGGCAUAUGUGAGGGCUGUGAGGAGUCGGUUUACAGCAGGGCUUACAGGAGCCAAGUAUUUCUGUGUGACAUGCUUAUACACUUCUACCACCCGCCACAACACUGAGCGAUCAAAGUUUUCACCCAACGCCACACGGGAGUUUCUGACAGAGUGCCAAGGCCAAUGGUCCUUCACUGUUUUGCGUUGCACGACAUGGAGUGGGAAAAAGAGUUCGAUAUAAACUUUAUGUACUUUAAAAAAGUGUUUCGAGCGUUUAAGCGCGGCUACUGGCGGCCGCCCGUACCAGAAUAUCUUUCUGGAAGAGCUGAAGUUCUAGACGGACUCACAGGAACUCUCCUAGCAGACCCUGGUUCAUUUAGUCUCUAGUCUCCCCUGGCUACCAAGGGAGGAAGGUGUUGAGGCAUUGUUAGCCUGGGAAUUUGAACAAAUUUGCGAUGGAACUGUAUCGUUUCGACACAUGUUAUUACUCAACUGCUUAUCCUGGGUUUUACUUCCCGUUUCCUAAUCUGAAUCAAGGAUCUUGCUGACGCAAGGCGUCACCCCUUGGCGGGUUCCCUGACUCUUGUUGAGAGCCCUCUGUCUGAAAUACACACCGUUUUUGAAGAUUGGCUUGUGUCGCGCGCGGCAUGAUGGAGCUCAUCCACAAUCACCCACAACCCGCUGGCCGCUGGUCGUUUGCCGUAACGCCAGCGUCUGGUAAUCUGGGCCUUGGGAAUCCAUCAGCCGUCAGUUAUCCAUCUAUCAGCCACACACUCCCAGAAAUCGGCGUGCCACGCCCACCCGGCCCCGUCCCCCGGUGCCCGGCAACCCAUGCUUCUAUCCUUGCAGAUACAUAGGAUCAUCGUCAAGCACUGGACUGCUUAGGGGUGUACGAAAGCCGUUGGGUUGGCUCGCACGCCAUGUCAUGUACUGUACCCACAAUGCCGUUGGCGUCGAUGGCCAGCAGCCUGGGAUCGCUCGACAUCUGCGCUAGUAUCCGCAAGUCAUCCAGCCUGGGGGCCCAUCAUGUCCCAUGCAAAUAAGACCACAGAUAUUCACCGUACACGUGUGGCAACGGCACACCUCUAACGAGGCGCUCCGGGACUCGCAUUUCGCGUGGCGGGAUUGGGGGACUGGGAUUGAGAGACUUGGGACAGGGA